UCGUGCAGAAUUUUAAAGUGGGCGACAAUUUGGCACAGGUAAAUGGUCAUUUACGUUUGGCGCUGAAACGUGGGGUGGCGAAUGGUGCGUUGAAGCAGACAAAGGGAACGGGUGCGGCGGGGUCGUUUAGACUGGGGGAAGUGAAGAAGUCAGAAGUCGCCAAAAAGAGGGUGGGCGAUACGCCAAAACCGAGGACACCCACAAAGUCCCCGGCGGUGAAAAAGUCCCCUGGAAGGAAGCCGAAUAGUCUGAAGAAGGUAGCUGUGGUCAAACCUGGGGAGAGUAAGGUGAAAGGUGUGAAAAAACAGGCUGUAAAGGCGGCAAGUAGCAUCACAACAGCGCCGCCGAUGACGUCAUCGACUGAGCCGGCCAAGAGGGUGGGAAGGCCAUCGAAGCCGGUACGACAGGGGAAGUCACCAGGCAGACCGAAGAAGGUGGUUGCAACAGGCGGCGAUGGCGAUAAAGUGGUCUCGAAGGGAACGAAGCGAGGCGCGAAGGGGGUUACGGUAGCUGGAUCGGGGGCUGGCACAGUGCCGAAGACAAAAAAGCCAAAAAUAGCAGUGGUGCAACGCAAGGGGAAAGGCAAGAGGGGUCAGUAG